AUGUGCGUCACUCGGCCGUUUCCGGUUUUGCAGCGUCAACGAGUAUCUUUCUUUCGGCAAAGGAGCCGCGCCGCUGUGAGUGCCGUUUGAUAGGUACGUGAGCAGCGCCUGGUUUCAUUGGAUCCGAGAAUUCGGCCCCUCUUCACGUCGUUGUCAGUGACACCUCUGUGUUUGUUUAUUCUGCGGCCAGUCUAUCUCAUCAUUCGAGGUUAAAACUGUGCCUUCCAUGCCGAAGCAUGGAACAUCAAUUAAGCUUUAAGAAUUCUAAAAGUUAGAGACUUCGUACCUAGUUUCGAUAGUCAAUAUUCAUUUGGAACUAUGAAAAGACCAGGCGUGUGCGAGGGGUCCCGACCGUUUUCUGAUCCCGGUUCAGCACGGCCUUAUUGAAGACUCAAGCAAAAACUGAGCCAAAAAGCGCAAUUUUUUUUCUGAGAAAAGGGUACUAUCUUUUUGGUACCUGAAUACUUCGGGAGAGGUAUCGUGAUGCUACCGGGUAUGAUUUCUGACGAGGGUGUGCUUUCCUGUACCAUGAAAGUAGCUAAUAAGUUAUUACCCGGUAGCUACCUCACAAGCGGUCGCUACCCGGCCUGCUUGCAUCGACCUCCCGAUUCACCAUUGCAGAUCUAGCCUGGCCCAAGCCCCCGCAGGAGGACGAAUAUUCCAGAAUUGAGGCACAGCCUAACGCAAAAGCCUUGAGAAGACGUUAAAGUUCUUUAGAAUCUCCAAGGUUAGACACAGCGGAGCUUCUGAAGAAGAAGAACAUCAUUAGGGCGUGAUUUUUCCAGCUAAUUUCUGAGAUGAGCUUGAAAAUCGCCGCGAAGAGCUGUUAAGUAAAUUUAUGUCUCCAAGUCGUAUCGAUCUUCAAAAUAUUUUUUUGGUUUCGAAAGUUGAUGGCUUAGCAAAAAAAUAGAUUGAUGAAAAUUGUUUUUACUUAUUUUCGCAAUAAAUUCUAUAAACAGAAAUUGUCUCAUACAAAAACCGGAAGCUUCAGAAGAUUCGAUAACUUGAUUUUUUAGGUCAUCCUGUUAUUUAGAAAAAAGAAAAGAAGAAGUCGGCAGGAGAGAUGACGCGCUCAAACUGCUUGACCGUUUUGAGCGCCUAAUUUCAGUUGAGCGGCUUGUUCUCUAAAGUGAAAAGAAGUGGCAAAAAACUGUGCGGGCACAGGCUGAAACACGAUGCUCCGCCGUGCAAAAAGGCCGAUGCCGUCUGGGAAUGUGCAACGAAAAUACCUGUCCGGACGGCUUUUGUCUAUUGGGAGUCUUCCCAAAUGUGUGUUCUGAACUUUUUUGCAAGUGUGUUGAAGGCCAAUCGAAUGGUCAAAGAAGCAAAUCAAAAGGUCAAGUUUCCGGGAUGACGGCCGCCAGAAGAGAUAACCUAGAAAUGGGAAGUUGAAUCAGAUUUCCUCGAAAACUAAAUGAGGACGCUUCAAAAAAGGGGUUUUUUUAAAAAUCGUUUUCCGAAAUCGAAAUAGGAGAACAUAAAAAAUGCACUAUUGAAACUUUUUUGCAGUUUGUUCAAAUUGCUUGCUGCAAAAGCUGAAUCCAAACAAAAUUUCGUUUUUUUUUUUUGCUCAGAACGAUUAUUCUGCGAAUUUUUAAGAAAAGCUGUAUACUGGAAACUUACACCUUGAAGGACCUCAACAAGCGUUUAUAAAUCCACAAAGAGCCUACUAGACAGUAUUGUCUAUUUGAAAAGCGGUGGACCUUUAAUAUAUAUUUUUUUUUCUCGUUUCGUGAAUAGGUUCCAGGUUUCAGAUUAAUCUAGAAGAUAUCUUUUAUCAGAUAGUUGAAAUUUAAUUUUCAUUUUUGUCUAGUUUGAUAAAUUUCAGUUUACAAGAUGGGCUUCAAUAUUUUCUCAUUACCCUUAUAAAAAAAUGUAUGUUUUUUUGAGAAUUAAUCGCAAAAAAAUGUUCGAUUUUGAGUCUCUAUAGUAGAACCGAUUUUUUUUGAAUGCCUGAAGAGUACCUGGCGAAUCGCCAAAUGCAACACUCUGUUUGCGUUUGACCGAUCCGUAAGCGGACUUUUUUUUUCUGUCCCACCGGUUUUAGCAAAGUUGCAAGAAAAACUUAAAGAAAAAGAGGGCAACAUGAAAGAAAAACAUAUAACUUUCAAUUCUCCUUUUUCAGUCGGAGUAUCUCAUCAAUAUUACUAAAAAAAAAUUAAUUUAGGCCAAUCAAUUGUAAUUAACUCAAAAGUUAUUUUCGAAGUUCUUCACAAUUUUGCAAAUGAGUGCAAAGACUAUAGAGAUUUUCCUUGUUUGAAAAUGCACGGAAAAAGAAGCCGAGCAGGGAUAAAAGACCCACGGCAUUCCUAAUGGGGUGAGGGAAGGUGAGCGAGGCGUCAAACUUUUUACAAUUUACAAAAUCCGGAUAAAAUGACGUCAUUCUACGUCACAAAUUACAUGAGUAUUCAACGUUAAUAACUUGUUUGUUUGAUCGCCUUUGGCUGCGUACUUGAGAUUUCAAUUUUUGCGCCGAUUUUUGACGUCUUCCGACCCCGUUUGGCAACGCCGUGGACCGAAUAUAUCCGUGAAAAAUGUCUGAAUAGACUGUGUUAUAUACCUUCUCAUGUGGUUCAUGCAGUUAAAGUUUGUGGAAGUAAGAAAAGAACCGAUGGGACAGUUUUCAUGUUUGGAUUUGCGUUGUACUUUACAUAACUUUCUCCGCAAGGUAGAAGAUCGUGGAAGCUAUCACUUUUCGAGCUAGAGAAGAUAAAUCAAUCAUUAACAAGUUCAUUCAGACACUAGCUUUUUUCUGAUGAAAACUGUCUUUGGAUCAAUUCUCUUUAAACGAAGAAGCUUUUAAUAAAACUUCUUUUUAUUUGGUACCUCAGUCCAAAUGAGGCUUUCUUCCUUAUAUGGUCAAGUAGGAGACGCGUUGCCGUUCCGGACGCGGAAAGACGGAGGGGCGUGCUCCACGCGCAGUCGGCCGUGGCAAUUCCGAGGGUCGUCCUGCUGGGUAUAAAGGCGACAGUCGCCGGCCGGAAACCGCAUCCGACGCUUCGGCCGACUUUCCUUCUCAUGUACUCCAAGCUUCUCGCCACGUCCUGCCUCGUGGCGUUUGUACUCGCUGCUCCCUCAAAUGGUAAGAGUUUCUCCUACUUUCUUACUUUCUUCUGUUUGUUCUGAAAGGUGUUUUAUUUUUUUAUCAGUUCAAGCCAAACUUACAAUCCAGAAUGUUCCUCAUUUUCUAGAAGACGGCAAAAGCGAGAAGCGACGACAGUACAUCUCUCCUUUAGCUGGUGCGGCUCAAGUUCCUCGUAACCCUGUGUUUGCGCCUGCUCCCGUGGUUGCUGCGGCUCCCGUGGUAGCGGCGGCUCCAAGUGAGAAUAUUAUCAAUGCUUCAGUUAUGAACAAAAGGCCAAAAAUUCAAAAAAUUGUAUGUCAAAAAUUCUUUAAAUGGUUAAUUUUUUUUCCUACUGUUUUUUCUUCUUCAAAAAAAAAUCGGCUCUCAUUUUUGUCCUACCUUUCAGCCAUUUAAUAUUCACUCUUACCAUUCUCGAUGGAAUUCAUUGAAAAAUUGAAAAAUCUUUUAUCAUAUAAAAAAGUCCUCAAACCUUAUCACAUCGAGACGUUUUUUUUGACUUUUCCAUCUUCCAGUGAUGGUCGCUCGUCCAGCCGUUCCAUUGGCGGCCGCUCCCGUGGCUCCUCUUCUCCAGCCAGCCGUCGUUGCUCCAGUGGCUCCAGUCGGACAGUGUCCAGGAGGACCUUCGCUCCCUAUCGAGUGUGAUCCGAAACGACCAUGGCCUCAGUGCCCUCCGCAAAGCUACUGUUACGCCACCAACAGCGUCGAUAUCGGACCCUACUUCUGCUGCCCAAUCUGUGAGUCGCUUUGCAUUCAGCUUUUUUUUUGAACGACUUCUAAGAGCUAAAAACUGAAAGUUUUCAGAGAGAACUUUUUCCCAUUUGAGCCAUUUUUUCAGCGGUUGUUCAAAACUAGCCGCAAUGAAGUGUAGUUUGGGGUAAACAAUAGCCCCUUUGAGCAACUGUCAAAAUAACGGAGAGCAAAUGAGCUUGUUUCGGCUUUUUUUUUUCAAGGCUGCAGACUGUGCAAACAGCUCCGUGAUUGUUGAUUCCUCUUCCAGAAGGAGCACAAGAUGACGUCACUGCGAAUAGCUUGAACUCAUUUACUGAAAAACUCUGAAUCUUGAGUUGACAGCGGUCUUGAUAGCCUACUUUUUCCAAACACAUACUCAAGUUUUUUUUAUACUGACACUUGAGGUCAGCUUCGAGUUUCGACUACUUUAGAGGGAAAAAAAGGCUUCAUAAACUUCUAAAAAACUAAAACCUUGCGAACGCUGAUCUGCUAGGCAUUUGAAAUAGGUUUCUCUCCACCUUCGACGCAUAUUAAUUGAUAUAACUUCAAAUCAUAUUUUUUCCCUUUUCCGUUACUCCAGCAACUCUACACUAUUUGAACUAUCUUUCCUGUUUCAGGGUCGACUUAUGGAGCUGCCUGGAGACCGGCUACUCCUUUCUACAACUACGUGCCUCCAGUUCCAGCCAACUGGCCCGAGGUGAUGAGAAUGACCGCCAACUGGCCAGCUGCUGCCAUCGGUCUUCCAGUCAAGGCUCGCAAGGUUUGGCUUUCACACUUUCAUUAUUUAUCUCUUCUUUUGUUCGAUUCACUUAUUACCAUUGAACUUCGGUAUUUUCAGCCAGUCACCACUGAAGAGGGAGAAGAAGACCAAGAGGAAAAGGAAAAAAUCGGCUCGUCCAUCAACUCGUGGGUCGAGCGUCAAGCGCGAUUGGUUCGUUUCCGGUGUCUAAGAUGAAAAAUGUUUCCUUUUUCAGUAA